UGGAUGGGGGGGCCUCCAACACUAUAAGUGGCCCUGCCAGGGCCUUCGCUCGGGGCUCUGGCCAUGCUCCUCCUCGGGCUGCUGCUGCUGACCCUGCUGGCUGGUGCCCGCCUGCUGUGGGACAAGUGGAAGUUCCGCAGCCUCCGCCUCCCGCCUCUCGUGCCAGGCUUCCUGCACCUGCUGCAGCCCAACCUUCCCCUCUACCUGCUGGGUCUGACCCAGAAACUGGGGCCUAUCUACAGGCUCCGCCUUGGGCUGCGAGAUGUGGUGGUGCUGAACUCCAAGAGGACCAUCGAGGAAGCCAUGAUCAGGAAGUGGGUGGACUUCGCCGGCAGACCCCAGACAGCAUCCUAUCAGCUGGUGUCUCAGCACUUCCCGGACCUCUCCCUUGGGGACUACUCCCUGCUCUGGAAGGCUCACAAGAAGCUCACCCGCUCAGCCCUGCUGCUGGGCCUCCGCAACUCCAUGGAGCCGCUGGUGGAGCAGCUGACCCAGGAGUUCUGUGAGCGCAUGCGAGCCCGGGCCGGCACCCCUGUGGCCAUACAGGAGGAGUUCUCUUUCCUCACCUGCACCAUCAUCUGUCACCUCACCUUCGGAGACAAGGAGGACGCCUUGGUACAUGCUGUUCAUGACUGUGUCCAAGACUUGAUGAAAACCUGGGAGCACUGGUCCAUCCAAAUUUUGGACAUCAUUCCCUUUCUCAGGUUCUUCCCCAACCCAGGCCUCUGGAGGCUGAAGCAGGCCUUGGAGAACAGGGACCACAUGGUGGAAAAGCAGCUGAGGCAGCACAAGGAGAGCAUGGUGGCAGGCCAGUGGAGGGACCUGACUGACUAUAUGCUCCAAAGACUGGGGAAGCCAACAGCAGAAGAGAGCCACGGACAGCUCCUUGAAGGACAUGUGCAUAUGUCUGUGGUGGACCUGUUCAUUGGUGGCACUGAGACCACGGCGACCACUCUCUCCUGGGCCGUGGCGUUCUUGCUUCACCACCCUGAGGUUCAGCAGCGACUGCAGGAAGAGCUGGAUCGUGAGCUGGGCCCUGAAGCUUCAGGCUCCCAAGUCCCAUACAGAGACCCCGCCCGGCUGCCCUUGCUCACGGCCACCAUCGCGGAGGUGCUGCGCCUGAGGCCGGCCGUGCCCCUGGCCUUGCCGCACCGCACCACACGGCCCAGCAGCAUCUUGGGCUACGACAUCCCUGAGGGCAUGGUCGUCAUCCCCAACCUGCAAGGCGCCCACUUAGAUGAGACAGUCUGGGAGCGGCCCCAAGAGUUCUGGCCCGAUCGCUUCCUGGCCCCCGGAGCCAGCCCCAGAGUGCUGGCCUUCGGCUGCGGGGCACGCGUGUGCCUCGGGGAGCCACUGGCGCGCCUAGAGCUCUUCGUGGUGCUGGCGCGGCUGCUCCGGGCCUUCACGCUGCUGCCACCCGGGGGCACCCUGCCCUCCCUGCAGCCCCAGGCCCGCUGCGGCGUCAACCUCACCAUGCGGCCUUUCCAGGUGCAGCUGCAGCCCCGGGGGGCAGGGGACUGGGAGCUGGGCCAGCACCCAUGACAGGGCAGAAUGCGCGCUGGUCAUACACGCGCCUUGCUCGGUUUCUCCUUUUAUUAUAUUAUUCCCGUACAAACCCCUGCCCUCCCCCCUGUAAACAUGGUGCUGUGAGAUCGCAGAUGGAGAAGGCUCCCUCUGGUGGCUGGGUGGUGACGGUGGCCCCUGGCUCUUCUCUCAGCGCGACCCCUCAGUGCUCGGCAGUCAUUCUGGGGCGCUGGAGAGGUGAGCGGUCAGCCUCUCUGGGCCGCUGGGGGCCGGUAGCUUCUUGGUCUCAGCUUCAUUUCCGUGAAGGGCACAGAGAACUCAAAGCCCUUCCAGUAGUACCAGCUCACCCCCUGGGAGAGGAGAUGUCGACACAGAGUCAAAGGCACACAUCCCCUCUGCUCUCACCCCUGCCCCUCUGGGGAGACGGUUCCCAGAAAGCAGCCACCCUACCGCCUCCCCCACUCCAAGAUCCUCAACUGCCAAGGCCCAGAGGCUUCAUCUGAGCUGGACCUUUAUGUCCAAUAAAUCUCCCUCA